GCAGUAGUAUUGUUCCAUUGAACUAAGUCCUUUUUAUGCUAACUUGAUAGAAUGCUAAGUAAAAUUUCGGCACUUUGCUGAGUUCUUGAAUUACCAAUGCAUGGAAAAUGAAUGAUAUCAAUCGAGGGAGAUUACCGUCGUACACCGAAGCUGGACAGGCUGGUAGUGUACCUGGAGCACCGGGUGAUGCAUUGCGAGAUGGUUACGCUGCAGUUUUGACAGCAGACGAACGAUCAAAUGACCCUUGGAUUGAGGGCGAAAUCUACAAUCCUUUGUUAGCUGACGCUGUUGAACCGCUGGACGAUGGAAGCAAACGUCUGGACCAUGAAGUGCUGUUUUUCAUGCAAGCUCUCAAAGUGCCUGACCCGCAGACCAUGCGUCGCUUUAUUGCAGCUUGCAUGGAAAAGAAUGUAAAUGAGAAAGAUCUCAUCUGGCUGUAUCAUAUGCGCGAUUUGUCGCAAACGGGAACGCUCCCCAAAAAAGUGUUUAUAGAAAUUACAAAGCAACAGCUUAGCGGAAAUUCUCAACUGACACGCCACGAGGACUAUGACUUAUUGGCCACUUCUUAUCGAGCAUUUGGCAGCGACUAUGUGCGUUACGUUCAGAUAUGCAACCAUCUGCAUGCAUGGAGGAUCAAGUUCAGCAAUUACAAAGAAUUCCCGCAAAAGCAGCUGUACCCACCGUAUAGAUAUCCUCUGAAGGAAAUGUUUCCUCUACAGCGACCCAGUCAGGGUACAUGGCAGGUGGAUGCACGUCGCCGUGCGUCUCAUUGCCUCCCGACGAUGACAGCCGACGAGAUAAAUGAUGUACCAAGAAUAGUGCAGAAUAUGGCCAGAGCUUUAUCAGAUCACCAGUGUUCCCAGAUUCUGGAGCACUUCUUAUUCCAGCAAGAGCAACUGAAGGAGGACAAAAGUAUUGAAUGUGGAUUGAUGCCUCAUGACUACGCAAAAAGCAUUAUCCGGGAGCACAUUCCGUAUUCGACUGAUGACAAGGAGCUGGAAUUAUUAUGUCUUUAUUACGAGCACCCGUUCAUUUUGCAUUUUUUUCGCUACAAGGAUUUUCUAAGGGACCUGACAUACGAAAUGGGCGAAAUCAACGAACAGUUUAAAGAACGUCCGGAACAUACUCGCUUGCAGAUAAUUCUGAGCCGAAUCAAACGUUACCUGCAUGAACAUGGCAUCAAUUUAAUCGAACCACUGAAAGAUUUUGAUAGGUUUGGGGAAGGUCGACUUAACAAAUCGCAAAUGCAAAGGGCGCUCCACAUUCUGAAGAUUGGUUUUGGCCAGCGGUGUCAUAUUAGCAAUGACGACAUGGAAUUUCUUCUGAAUGCAUUCAGCAGUGAUGGGAUAAAUGUUGACUACAGAAGUAUGGUUGCGGACAUGAUGCAAGUUUUUGUGGAGCAAUUUCAACCCGGAAAGCGGCUGAGUAUGGUGAUGGAGAGUUUCGAGCAAGAUUUGUCUCUUGGUCCAUUUUAUCCACCACGCACACCUCUGCUGACGAAAGAGCAAAUCCUUACCAAACCAUCCAACAAUCAGCAGUUUUUAGGCCUCGUUCUGAAUCGGUUGAAGAUGCUCAUUGCGCAGCGCCGAAUAAAUCUGGAAUCGGUAUUCCGGUCCUUUGAUCCACACCACAUCAGACAUAUCCAAAGUCCCCAAGUCGUUCCCAGAAUUCUCCAACUUUGUGGUCUCCCGGUUUCGCCGCACGAAAGCGAUGUCAUAACGGAACGCUUUUGUGACGAGAAAGGGUUUCGAUAUAUGGACUUCCUGGAAGCUAUUGAUACACAAUCGUACGGGCACUGGCUCCCCAGCUACCCUUUAUCGCUUGCCACAAUGGAAAAGUGGAAAGCCCAUCGUGCGUGGUAUUCGGAAGUUCUUCCACAAGAUCCAUACCAGGAAUAUCAAGGCCCAGAUGAAAUCGUGGAGAAAUGCCGAAGAAUUGUAAAGACUAACCGACUGCGAGUACGCGAUUUUUUUACUGAUCAGGAUUUUCAUCAUCGUGGAACCGUCAGUCGAAAGCAGUUUCGGAGAGCGACUACCGCCAUGCACUUAGGACUAUCUCCCAUAGAGAACCUGCUGUUAGAAGACCGAUACGCUUAUGCUCCGGAUGUGUCUCAUAUCGAUUUUAUAAAAUUCGUUGCGGAUAUGGAUGUCGUAUUUGUCUCGAAAGGAGCGCACGACGCUCCUGCGCUAACACCAGUGCCGUAUGUUCUAAGUGCUUCCCAUGACCGGGGCCCGAUUGAGGAGGGAAACAUAAAACUGGCUCAAGAAGCGUUCAGAAAGAUUGCCGAAAAGGUGUUAGAGCUGCGCAUCCACAUUCUUCCGUAUUUUCAAGACUUCGAUAAAUGGCGACAUGGGGGAAUAACUCCGGGAAGAUUCCGCAGAAUUUUUAGCGACCUUGGAUUAGACAUUCUAACCGAAUUUGAAUGGAGAGCCUUAUUCAAAUACUUCACAAGGAAAUCUAAAGGAUUCUUUGACUACGAGGCCUUUUUGUCUGCCAUCUCAGACGUAAAAACGAACCGCAGCACCACAGCAGCUAUCGAUCCGCGUUGUGUUCCGCUUGCUGCAGCUGAGAAAUGAGACACUCUGUCGGUGCAAUUUAUCUCAUGUUUUUCGCCAUGGGCGACUGCAAAACUUGGAAAUUUGUAGCAUGCGUAGAAUGCGCCACCUUUGUACGUUGUUUCAGAUAAAACUGUGCCUUUGGGGUCGCUGUCAAGUUAACCGAACGGCAUUGCUUGCGAGAUUAGAAGUGACUAAAUCACAAGCUCCCUCUGAGGCUCCAG